AUGACCCAUCCCUCUGCCUCCACUGGCAGUGCAAAAUUUCCGUUUGCCUCGAUGGAUAUUAACCCCUCAUCUCGCUUUCAAGAGGAUACCGCCAUCCAAGACAGAAAUGCACUCUCAUCACGUGUUCUGCCACCUGAACGCAAUGAGCAACCUGUCAAGCCCAUGAAAAUGAUUCGUCACAACAUGGAUAUUACUAGCCCUGCUGCAAAGUGCUUGUAUAGGGAGGCGUCGGACAUUUUCUUGAAGUGUAAAGCGGAUGCUCAACUAGAUCCCUUUACGAUCAAACACUCAAAAGUUUAUGAGCCGCCACCUAAUGCCAGAACUUUCAUUUGGUCACUACCUGUGGAAACUCUCAGUGCUAUUGCCAGUCUACUAGGAGUGGGAGAUCUACACUCUCUUACCCAAGUUUCUUCUCUGCUGAGGGAGAUAGCUGGCCCUCUCUUCUUUGCUAACAGGAACUUUUCAACUUCCCUGCAGGAAACAUGUUACCUGCGUGUUGACUCGCCCAAUUUUGACGUGUUGAUGACUUGGAGACGAAUGGAUACUUUUUGUCCACCACGUAUGGUGUUGUGCUGGAUUGAUGUUGAUGUACGACCUGCACAACUGUCUACGUUUUUGCACUUCCUGCAAUCCAUCCCCCAGAAAUCCAUACGAUUCAUCACACUUUUCUGGAGUUUUGACAUUCUCACUUCCCUCAUUUUCCCUCAGAUAACCAAUUUUUUGGAGAACAUUCGUGCUUCAGGCUGUGAAGAGCUCACGUGCAUGGAAUUCUGCCAUGACACGGGCUUAUCAUCUGUCAGUGGGCUCACUAAAAUUGAGGUGCACCCAGCUUCAAACGGCCUGAAAUGCUUCGAUGCAUCAUCGCAGGUGUUCUUUUCUCCUCAACUCCUUCCUUUCACGAUUCAGACAAUUCAUUCAUCCUCAUUGGAGAAGCUAGGAUUACGUCGCGUGGGUCUCAGUCCUGCGCACUGGGACAAACUAUUGCAGUAUUUAUCCAUGCUGAUGCUCAUUGAAUUAUGGGUUGAUGCUGAUUGUGCACUGGGCACGCUGAUCCGUUUUCUGGCCUGCCAUCCCGACAUAAAAAAGCUGCAUAUUACUCCGUGA